UGUCCGCGUGAGAAUUGGAUGAUUUCCUGGGGGCCGGGGCCGGGGCUGGGAGGUGCUAACCCGCCGCGCCGGAUUCGAGGCUGGGAAAAAGCUCUAGCAUGUCGGACACGUGGAGUUCGAUCCAGGCUCACAAGAAGCAGCUGGACUCGCUGCGGGAGCGAUUGCAGCGGAGGAGGAAGCAGGACUCGGGGCACUUGGAUCUACGGAAUCCAGAGGCUGCAUUGUCACCAACUUUUCGUAGUGAUAGCCCAGUGUCUACUGCACCCACUUCUGGCGGUCCUAAACCCAGUACAGCUUCCACCAUUCCUGAACUUGCGACAGACCCUGAGUUAGAGAAGAAGUUGCUUCAUCAUCUCUCUGAUUUGGCUCUAACAUUACCCACUGAUGCGGUGUCCAUACGGCUUGCCAUCUCCACGCCAGAUGCUCCUGCCACACAGGAUGGAGUAGAAAGCCUCCUGCAGAAAUUUGCAGCUCAGGAGUUGAUUGAGGUGAAGCGAGGUCUUCUACAGGACGAUGCUCAUCCAACUCUUGUGACCUAUGCUGAUCAUUCCAAGCUCUCUGCCAUGAUGGUUGCAGUGGCAGAAAAGAAGGAUUCUGGGGAUGCAACUGGGACUAUUAUAGGGCAGAAGCGGCGGGCAGAACAGGAUACUUCUGCAGUAGUGACCUAUGCUAGUUCUUUGGCAUCUGGUCUGGCAUCUUCAACAUCAGAGCCAGUCAAAGAGCCAGUCAAGAAAUCAAGAAGACAUGCUGCGUCGGAUGUUGACUUGGAAAUAGAGAGCCUUCUGAAUCAGCAGUCCACAAAGGAGCAGCAAAGUAAGAAGGUCAGUCAGGAGAUCUUAGAGCUAUUAAAUACAACAACUGCUAAGGAACAAUCUAUUGUUGAAAAGUUUCGCUCACGAGGUCGGGCCCAAGUACAAGAGUUUUGUGACUAUGGAACCAAGGAGGAGUGCAUGAAAGCCAGUGAUGCAGACCGGCCCUGUCGAAAGCUCCACUUCAGACGAAUCAUCAAUAAACAUACUGAUGAGUCAUUAGGUGACUGCUCUUUCCUUAAUACAUGUUUCCACAUGGAUACUUGCAAAUAUGUUCAUUAUGAAAUUGAUGCUUGCGUGGAUUCUGAGGCCCCUGGAAGCAAGGACCAUACACCGAGUCAAGAACUUGCUCUUACACAGAGUGUUGGAGGUGACUCCAGUGCAGAUCGACUCUUCCCCCCUCAGUGGAUCUGUUGUGAUAUCCGCUACCUGGACGUCAGUAUCUUGGGCAAGUUUGCAGUUGUGAUGGCUGACCCACCCUGGGAUAUUCACAUGGAGCUGCCCUAUGGGACCCUGACAGAUGAUGAGAUGCGCAGGCUCAACAUACCAGUACUGCAGGAUGAUGGCUUUCUCUUCCUCUGGGUCACAGGCAGGGCCAUGGAACUGGGCAGAGAAUGUCUGAACCUUUGGGGUUAUGAACGCGUAGAUGAAAUUAUCUGGGUGAAGACUAAUCAACUGCAGCGCAUCAUUCGGACAGGCCGUACAGGUCACUGGUUGAACCAUGGGAAGGAACACUGCUUGGUUGGUGUCAAAGGAAAUCCACAAGGCUUCAAUCAAGGUCUGGACUGUGAUGUGAUUGUAGCUGAGGUUCGUUCCACCAGUCACAAGCCAGAUGAAAUCUAUGGCAUGAUUGAGAGACUAUCCCCUGGCACUCGCAAGAUUGAGUUAUUUGGACGACCACACAAUGUGCAACCCAACUGGAUCACCCUUGGAAACCAGUUAGAUGGCAUCCAUCUGCUAGAUCCAGAUGUAGUUGCUCGGUUCAAGCAAAGGUAUCCAGAUGGUGUCAUCUCUAAACCCAAAAAUUUAUAGCAGCACUUUCGCCACAGACCUAAGCAAUUCAUAGCCAUGGCUCUUCAGGGUUCACCUGAAGAGCAUUAUUUGUAUAGUAGCUUUUUUCCUUAUUUAAAUAAAGAUUUAUAUUGUAGUUGGGACUUCAAGGUCAAAAUUUAA